CUCCGCUCUCCUGUUCUGAAGGCUUUACAAAACUGGGAUACUAUAAUGGCUCGGUUUCCCGCACAGAGUCAGGCUCCCCCUGCCUGAAGUGGACAGACUUCCCAGAUUACAUGCGGCAGUAUCCGGGCCGAGGCCUGGGGGAGCACAGCUUCUGCCGAAACCCAGACCAAGAGGCCAACCCCUGGUGCUUUUUCAGGCAGAGCUCCGGUGCCAUCAGCUGGGCCUACUGCGACUGCCAUCAGGUGAGAUUGGUACAGCCCUGCAGCAUUCCUACUUCGGCCCAGGUUCCGUAUUCCACUAUGAGCGUCUGGGUUGCCGUGGCAAUGAGAAUUCCCUACUGGAGUGCCGAAACAGGAAGUUUCUCACUGGCGACUGCAGCCAUGGCAACGAAGCUGGGGUGAUUUGUGCUGAACCAGAAGGCAUGGGCAUCCCUUUGAGGCUAGUGGGAGGCCUGGAGGACUUUGAGGGCCGUGUUGAGGUGUACCAUGAUGGCAGGUGGGGUACCAUUUGUGAUGACCAGUGGGAUGACACUGAUGCUGAGGUUGUGUGCCGACAGUUGAACCUGGGGGGCGUAGCCAAGGCGUGGACAUGGGCCCACUUUGGCCAGGGUUUUGGUCCCAUCUGGCUGGAUGGGGUUCAGUGUACAGGCAACGAACUCUCUCUGGAGGAGUGUCCUCAUAACAUGUGGGAGCAGCACACCUGUGACCACAUGGAAGACGCAGGCGUGUCCUGCAAUCCAUACACAGAUGGUGCAGUUCGUCUGGUGGGAGCAGACAGUCACUGGGAGGGUCGCGUGGAGAUUUACCAUCAGGGAGAAUGGGGCACUGUGUGUGACGACAACUGGACUGAGCUCAAUGCUCAGGUAGUGUGUAGACAGCUGGGCUUCAGGGGCCGAGCAGAGGUGGCUCCUGACAGGGUGUAUGAAGAAGUUCACGGGCUAAUCCUGCUGGACGAGGUGCAGUGUCAGGGAACAGAAGCCACUUUACUGGACUGCACCCACUCUAAGUGGGGCCAACAUGACUGCUCUCACAGUGAGGAUGUAGGUGUCCGCUGUCAGAGAGGGGGUGAUGCCAAUGAGAUACCAGGCCUGAUGCCUCAUAUUGGCCCUCUGGUGCGUUUGGUUGCUGGAGAGACCAGGAAGGAGGGUAGAGUGGAGGUCUUUAUUAACGGCCAGUGGGGAAGUGUGUGUGAUGAUGGCUGGAAUGAUGUCAAUGCAGCUGUGGUUUGCAGACAGCUGGGGUUCAUUGGUGUGGCAAAAGCCCGAUCCAUGGCGUACUUUGGCGAGGGUCGAGGUCCCAUCCAUCUUGACAACGUUCGAUGCUUAGGCACUGAGACGUCCUUAGGCCAGUGUCCAGCUGUGGGCCAAGACAGCCACGACUGCCGCCACAGUGAGGAUGCAGGUGUCAUCUGUGAUUACACUCUGGAUCCUGUGGGAGACGGCGCCAUAGCAAUGCAGACCUGUGGCUUGAGACUCAAUAACCAGCGUCGUCGACGCAGGAUCAUAGGAGGAGAUAAGUCACUGAGGGGUGAGUGGCCCUGGCAGGUGUCUCUGUGGCUCAGGUCUCAGUCUAAAGGCAACCAUCCUCUGUGUGGAGCCUCACUCAUCAACCCCUGUUGGGUUGUGACUGCUGCCCACUGCUUCAAGAGAUUUGGCAGAGACCCAACCCGCUACGUGUUGCGCCUGGGUGACUACCACACUGAAGAGCAGGAUGACUUUGAACGCACUUUGUCCCCCGAACGCAUUGUUAUCCACAGAAAGUACCAUAGUCAGGGCUGGGAGUACGACAUUGCCCUGCUGCGGCUCAAAGGCACAGAGGGCAACUGUGUGGCAUUUAACCCUCACACUGGUGCAGUGUGUCUGCCAGAGCCAGGUAACAAGUGGGAGAAGAGGCCUGCUGCCUGUGUGAUCACUGGCUGGGGCAUCACAGACUCAGAGUACUCCCGCACUCUGCUCCAGGCCUGGGUCCCCUUGCUUCCAGCCUGGAAGUGUAAGAAGCGAUACAGUGAUCGUUUCACCAGCCGCAUGCUGUGUGCCGGGAGCCUGUCAGAGCGCCACCGUGUGGACAGUUGCCAGGGUGACAGUGGGGGUCCACUGGUUUGCCAGGGCGAGGAGGGCCGUUGGGUGCUGACAGGAGUAAUCUCUUGGGGCCAUGGUUGCGGUAACCCCUCUUUCCCUGGGGUGUACACACGUGUGAGCAGGUUCCUGCGAUGGAUCGACAAGGUCAUCAACAAACCCUACAAGAACUAAUGACGGAGAAUAGCACUUAGUAACGCAGGAUAACCAGUGUUAUUCAGGGCUUCUGACAGGAAGUGUGUGUUCGUAGGAGCCUCCAGGCCAUUGCUUUUGUGUUGUGCCUCCUGGCCUCCUACACUCAGCUCUUAAAAUCAUUUCCCACAUCACUUCAAUGAGCAUGUAAAGGACAUUAUAUAUACAUGUAUAAUAUUCUCACAGUGUAAACUGAUGCCAAAUGUCCAUACAGUAGGGGACACCAGUGUUGUGGCAUACUUUGAUGAGACCCAGUGAUGAGCGCUCAGCCAGCAGUAAAGGUAGCUUACUUUAAUAAUGUGCUGUAGAUCUGCCCUCCGCCGGAGCUGCAAUAUGUGCCUGUAUCUUGCAAGUCUUCAUCUAAACAGUUCAAUGGCUGCAUCUUCUUUCAUUCCACACUCACAACAGAGUAUUUAAAACUGAACACAGAAGCACUAAGAAAUAUUUCCAUAUCUUGCAAUGUAAACCAAUUUUUAUUAUACAAGGACUUAGCAGCGCUUUGCCAGUGGCUUGCCUGUGGAAAGCUGUUUGAAGUGUGAAGCAGCAGCAGCUUGAAGGUAGACAUUGUUUUGUAGUCUGGCCAUGAUCCCAAGCAGCCAUCUCCUGCUGUGAGUCCGCCAUGGAAAUGCGUAUGAUCAUGGCUAGGAAAUACAGGUCAGGGGAAAAACCUGCCAGUACCCACUGUGCAUGAAUACAUUUUGAUUUAUUGAUGAGUACUGCUCUGGAUGGAGAAUAGUACCUAUCCAAACAGACGGGAAUAGAGAAACAUACUGACACACCUGAGACCUGUGCAAUCAAAUUUGGAUUCGGCUACAAGGAAACAAGGGGACUCAUGAAGACUUCUACUAGGUACACAAUGAAUGACAUUGCACUAAAAUGCAUGGCUGACAAUCACAUUGGGGUCACCUGUAAAUGAGGAUCUCAUGCAGGCCGAAGCCAGUGAAAGAACGACAGUAAUGGGUAAAAUACCUUCUGUCCUAUGACACUGAAUUUGUUAAUGCAGACAUUUUAUUUGUUUUAUUGACAUUCCAUCUCUGAAGCAAAACCACAGGUCAAACCAUUAUUCAUUAUUAUUCUAAUCAUUGUUACAAUAUUUCUGCUGAAAUGUUACUAAUUACAGGCCUAAAAAUAACAAUUACUCUCAACCAUAAUACAGAAAAGUGCAUGUCUAUUGGCAGGCUGUCUACACAGAGGCCUAUAGCCAGAAUUAUCAAUCUGGCAAAACAGGCAACUGCCCUGGGGCCCAGGAACCUGCAAAAGCCUCAGGUUUACUGUUUAUGAUAAUUGGUUUGUGGUAAUGAUUAACUGUAACUGUGUUUUGGGGGGUAUGGGAAUAUGUAUAUUAUCAACUGACAUCAUAAAGGUCUUGGGGUCAUAUUACAGAAACUCUAACUUGCAGAUCCUAUCUUAAAGCUGCAGUAAGUAAGUUAUAAAAAUAACUUUUUGUCAUUAUUGCUGAUAUUUCCAAUGCGUUCUGACUGUAGUACAUGAGACAGAUAAUCGCUAAGAAAAUCAGGUUCCUCUGGCUUCUCCUAGUUCUAAUAAUAGUUUUCCCAAGAAUCCACCGGGCCUGAACAAAAACAACCAAUCAGAGCUAAGAAAGAUAUAAAGACGCUUUGGGUUGGAGAUUGAAGAUAGUUGAUUGCUGAAUCUCAUUCCCAAACACCCUGGG